AAUCCUUUUUCCUAACAGGUAACGUACAGCUACCUUGUGACCUUAGCAUUUUUCAUUUUGAAAAAAGCACUAGCACAAGGUUAUGAGAGGCGGCCAGACACCAACCAACGUCACUAAACACAAGAGGUAGAAGCAGAACACCAACUUUCUUACCAAAUGUAACCCAUUUUUCAAAUUACUUGCAUCACCCACUCAGGCAGAUUAUAUGAGACCCUUUCUUUUUCUCCCACUUUUCAAUUUAAACACUUUCCAAAGUCCCCUCACUACUACUUCGAUAUAUAACACUUUACCACACGUUCCUUCCAUGGACAUUCCAAACUCUCCAUCUCCUCCUCUUCCUCCUCCUGUCCACCCUUAGGAUCAAAAUUCACAACCAUGAACAAAAUUCAGGAUAUUGCUUUUGAUUUUGUGAUAUCUCUUCUUUUAGUAGCCAUCAUCAUUCUUGGUAUUUUUUUCGUCAUCAUUUGGAGAAGAAAACCAAUUCAUCAAUCUGAUCAGACGAUACCCACCAAAAUAUGUGCACCGGCGUACCAAUUAAUCGACAUAGAUGCAGCAACGGACGGUUUUAACCAGCGACGAAUCAUCGGAAAAGGCCGCUUGGGGACAGUCUACGCGGCGGUUCUGGCAACAGCUGAGCUAGCCGCGGUGAAAAGGAUUCAUCCACGGCUUGUUUUGAGCAAUGCUGGAUUCGGGUUUCCAUCGGUGAUCAAAACGCUGUCGUUGGCCCAACACCCCCAUGUAGUCCCCAUCUUAGGAUUUGCACAAGCUCCGGGGGAGAGAAUUAUAAUCAUGGAAUUUGUUGGGAUGGUGAGUUUGGAUUUCUACUUACAUGAAAACUCCGACGGAGCGUCUCUAUUGGACUGGAGCCGGCGGUUCAGGGUAGCGGCGGGGGUGGCUAGAGGACUUUAUUAUUUACAUGAAGGGGUGGCACCAAAUAUUGUACACGGGUGUGUUAAGGCUUCAAAUAUAUUAUUAGAUGUGAAAUUUUGUGCAAAAUUAUGUGAUUAUGGGUUAUCUUUCUUGGCACCCCAAGAGAAGAGAGGGUUGGUGGGGUAUGUAGAUGAUGAGUAUUGGGUUGGAAACGGCGGUGGUUGCGGUGGCGGCGCUUCCAAGGAAAGUGAUAUUUAUGGGUUUGGUGUGGUUUUGUUGGAGCUAUUGAGUGGGAGGAGAAGUGAAGAAGGGUGGCUUGUGAAAUGGGCAUUGCCUUUGAUUAAGGAAAUGAGGUUUAAUGAAGUUUUGGAUCCUAGACUUGUGAUUCCUUGUGAAAUUAAGCCUCUUGCUAGAUUGGCUAAAGUUGCAUCAGCUUGUGUUGGUAAUAGUAGAAAGGACAGGCCUACAAUUUCUCAAAUAUCUGCGAUAUUGAACAGUAUGGAAAUUGAGGUAUGUAGCUGAUCGUUUCAUUGGGCCAAAAUUUUUCAGUUUUGGCAUCGAUUUUGAAUGCAAAUUCAAUUAUUGGGUCAAAAAAGAGGUUGUUGGAGCAACUAGGCAGUUGUGCCUUCUUUUGGAGAUUGGAACCUCUCUGACCUGCGACUUUAAAUUUUGUAAGGUUGAUUUUGUAAUUAAACUAUUGUACGUUGUGUAAAUGUAUAAAUGUUCUUCUUCUUU